AUGUCCUUCUCCCACCCUCGUCGAAGGACUCCGGUGACUCGCCCGGACAGCGACACCGACAAUGCCUUGUCCCUUAAGAACAGCUCUACCCUCCGUAAGGGUGCGACAUUCCACUCUCCUACUUCAUCAUCUUCGACUCUGGACAUCGCAUUUGUCCCUCCCACGCUGCCUCGUGCCCAGUCUCACUUGGAUGAUGUCGUCGAUGCCAACCGUCGACGUGUGGCCUUGGCUCUGAACGAUAUUGACGAGGCUCUGUCCCUGGAUCAGCUCUCUCUGUCGCCAAAGUCUAAGAUCAAGACCCUUCGAGACACCAGUCUCCCCAUCCCUCGUGGCUUUCUCGAGGGACCUAUCGUCGACCCCAAGAUGACAAAAGAAGAGGAGAGGCGCGUUCUGCGCCCUCGUUCUGUUCGCCACUCACGGCACCAUGAGUCUGAUAGCGGUUUGGGUACAUCGGUGGCUUCCACAAACGAGAAGCGGGGUGCAGUCACUUCGGCAAAGAAGGAGACAAAGGUGCAAACACGAUCCGCCAUUACAAGAUCCGUUGCCGCAGCGUCGGAAAAGCUUCCCUCUCUGGGGCCCAAGGCUAUUAACCGCAUUCACGAGCACACUUUGCGCCCUUUGUUGGCAAAGCCGACUCUCAAGGAGUUUGAGCCCAUUGUUCUUGACAUCCCACGACGAAUUCGAUCAAAGGAAAUUAUUUGCUUGCGAGAUCUUGAGAAAACAUUGAUCUUUAUGGCACCGGAGAAGACCAAGUCAGCAACUUUGUACCUGGAUUUCUGCCUUACGUCCGUGCAAUGCAUUCAAGCGACCGUCGAAUAUCUCAGCGACCGCGAACAAAUCCGACCUGCUGACCGGCCUUACACUAACGGAUACUUCCUCGACCUUAAGGAUCAGAUUCUACAAUACGGAAAACAACUUGCCGCAAAGAACAGCGGUGACGAUAUGGAUAUCGACGCGUAUGUACCCAGCUUCGUUCCCUUGGACUACCCAACUAACUCUCGCCGAAGUUCUGAUGAGAUCAAACUCAUCGGUGGUCUGCACGAAGGCCGUCCCGUUGAGCUCGUCCGUGUCCGCAAGGACGGCACAUACAUCUCUCUGGACACUGGUAAGCCUGUCGAGGUUGACAGCGACUCGCCAAUGCAAGUAAAACGCUCCCUGAGCCAGCAGCUCGAGGACGAGGAGGAGAUCCAGCGAUCCAUGGCUCGCCGCAAGAAGAAUGCUUCACCCGAGGAGCUAGCUCCCAAGAAGUGCCGCGAGCCCGGCUGCAACAAGGAGUUCAAGCGUCCUUGCGAUCUUACCAAGCACGAAAAGACUCACUCUCGCCCUUGGAAGUGCCCUGUCCCGACUUGCAAGUACCACACCUACGGAUGGCCCACUGAGAAGGAAAUGGACCGUCACCACAACGACAAGCACUCUGCUGCCCCUGCCAUGUAUGAGUGCAUGUUCAAGCCUUGCCCUUAUAAGUCGAAACGUGAAUCCAACUGCAAGCAGCACAUGGAGAAAGCUCAUGGCUGGACGUAUGUUCGAACCAAGACCAACGGAAAGAAGCUACCAUCAGUUGCUGGCAGCGUUCAGCAACAAACUCCGCCUCUGGGUAACAUGUCAACACCUUCUUCUACUGAAUACAACGGUGUGCCCACUCCUCCUCAGAACGACGUAACCCAGUUCGUUGGUGGUGACUUCCCUCUUUACCCUAAUGACUCUGACUGGAUGUCAAUCAACAACAUUCCCACCGAGACCCUUCACCUGGAUCUGAGUAUGGAUUCCACUUCGCCUGCUUCAGCUAGUUCCUACGAGCAGUAUGCGCCUUACCAGAACGGCUCGGCCUUCAUACUCGAUAAUGAGGACCUCUAUGCUGCCCAUAUGCAGCUUCCAGCUCAGCUUCCCACACCUGAGCAGGCUAUCAUGUAUAACCCCAACCCCAAGAUGAUGCAACAGCAAUUGCCUAUGUAUCAGCAACCUCAGCAGCAGAUUCCCAUCCAGACUGCUGCUCCUCACUUUUCGCCAACUGGCCAGGAAACCGCCAUGCUUUAUACUCCAAAUUCAUUACGGGAUGUUGAUGAAGGAUUCGACGACUCCUUUGCAGGAGACGGAAUGGAUUUCCCGCUCUUCCCUAAUGACAAUGGCAAUGGUAUGACCAAGGCCAAUGAUUACCAGUCGCUGUUUGGUGAAAUCCCCAGCGCCAACCUGGGCUUCUCCCAGAACUCUCAGGACAUCUUUCAAAUGAUGGACUGGUCAAACGUUGAUUUCCCGCAGAACCUCGGAGAAUAG